AUGGCUUCAUCUUCAUAUCAAUUUUCUCUGGGAUUAGUAGUGAUGUUUCAGUUGGGAUUAUUACUUGUUUCCCAAUCACCAAUUGCCGCCGGGGAUGACGUUUCACGCUCUGCGCCAAGUGGUUCUUCUAGUUACUGCAGCAACCCCUAUCGAUUGGUCAAGGUCAAGAGCUGGGCGAAUGGAGAUGAAGGGAAAUCAAUAAGUGGGUUGAGUGCAGCAUUUGGCCAGAUAUUGCCCACAAACCCGAAAGAAGGUCACAUAUUACCAGCUACUUUUUUGAAUCCUUUAAAUGGCUGUUCAACUUCAUCUUCGAAGUUAUCUGGCUCUAUUGCAUUGGCAAUACGUGGUGACUGUGAUUUUGUAACUAAGGCUAAAGCUGCACAAGCUGGAGGAGCGUCAGGAUUGCUGGUGAUAAAUGAUGAUGAAGAUCUUGUGGAGAUGGGUUGUCCUGAAAAUGAAACUACUUUGAACAUUACAAUUCCUGUUGUGAUGGUCUCCAAGUCAGGAGGAGAGGAAAUAAACAAAUCAAUGGCUGGUGGAGAGAAAGUUGAACUUCUGUUAUAUUCUCCGAAUCGUCCUGUUGUAGACUACUCAGUGAUAUUCUUGUGGUUGAUGGCGGUUGGGACAAUCGUGUGUGCAACACUUUGGUCAGAAUUCACUGGAUUGGGUCAAAGUGAUGAGCGUUAUGAUGAAUUGUCACCAAAGGAUGAAGAUGAGAAGGAAAUCCUCAAAAUUAGCUCGAAAAGCGCUAUAAUAUUUGUUAUAACAGCAUCCACUUUUCUGGUGCUACUUUAUCUAUUUAUGUCAUCUUGGUUUGUCUGGCUGCUGAUUGUUCUUUUCUGUAUCGCAGGGGUAGAGGGAAUGCAUACUUGUAUAGUUUCGCUGCUGUCAAGCAAAUGCAAAAAUUGUGCACGAAGAAGAGUUAAUCUGCCAAUCCUGGGGGAGAUUUCCAUUCUCUCUUUAAUUGUCUUGUUAUUUUGUUUGGCCUUUGCCAUUUUCUGGGCUGCAAACCGGAAGGCAUCAUACUCCUGGGUCGGUCAAGACAUUCUUGGUAUCUGUUUGAUGAUUACUGUCCUUCAAUUGGCUCAAUUACCAAACAUUAAGGUUGCUACAGUACUUCUAUGUUGUGCUUUUCUCUAUGACAUCUUUUGGGUUUUCCUAUCUCCAUUGAUAUUCCAUGAUAGCGUCAUGAUUGCGGUUGCUUCAGGCAACAAAAGUGGUGGAGAAUCGAUCCCAAUGCUUUUGAGAGUUCCUAGGAUUUUUGAUCCGUGGGGUGGUUAUGAUAUGAUAGGCUUCGGGGAUAUUCUAUUCCCUGGUUUGCUGGUUUCUUUCGCUUUCAGAUUCGACAAAGCUAAGAAGAAGGGGAUACUAAAUGGAUACUUCCUUUGGUUGACAGUUGGCUAUGGAAUUGGCCUCUUAUUUACUUACUUAGGCUUGUAUUUAAUGGAUGGACAUGGUCAACCCGCUCUCCUAUACCUUGUUCCAUGUACCUUGGGACUCUGCAUCAUAUUGGGAUUGGUAAGAGGUGAGCUAAAACAACUUUGGAGUUAUGGCAUUGAGUCAACAAAACCCACUGUACCUUCUGAAGAAGCUUGA